GCUCGUCCCUCCUUCAAUCAACCCCUCCCUCCAGCCGUCGUAGUGACAGUCAUUCCGCCGCAUCCGCCCUCCUCCUCCUCCGGCAAUGGGUCGCGUUAUCCGGGCGCAGCGUAAGGGUGCGGGUUCGGUGUUCAAGUCCCACACCCACCACCGCAAGGGCCCCGCCCGCUUCCGCAGCCUCGACUUCGGGGAGCGAAAUGGCUACCUCAAGGGUGUCGUCACUGAGAUCAUCCACGACCCCGGCCGUGGCGCACCCCUGGCCCGUGUAUCCUUCCGCCACCCCUUCCGCUACAAGAAGCAGAAAGAGCUCUUCGUCGCCGCCGAGGGCAUGUACACUGGCCAGUUUGUCUACUGCGGCAAGAAGGCCACCCUCGUUGUUGGUAACGUCCUCCCUCUCCGCUCCAUUCCUGAGGGUGCCGUUGUCUGCAACGUCGAGCACCACGUUGGGGAUCGCGGUGUCUUAGCUCGCGCCUCCGGGGAUUACGCCAUUGUCAUCAGCCACAACCCCGACAAUGACACCACUAGGAUCAAGCUCCCAUCUGGCUCAAAGAAGAUUGUGCCCAGCGGUUGCAGAGCGAUGAUUGGCCAAGUUGCUGGUGGUGGAAGGACUGAGAAACCCCUCCUGAAGGCUGGCAAUGCCUACCACAAGUUCAGGGUGAAGAGGAACUGCUGGCCCAAGGUCCGUGGUGUAGCAAUGAACCCCGUUGAGCAUCCUCACGGAGGUGGUAACCACCAGCAUAUUGGUCACGCCAGCACGGUCAGGCGUGAUGCACCGCCAGGGCAGAAGGUCGGUCUUAUCGCCGCCCGCAGGACCGGUCGUCUCCGUGGACAGGCUGCCGCUACUGCUUCCAAGGCCGACAAGGCUUAAGAGAUUGCCGCUGUUUAGUUAUGUUUUUUAUUUACAUUGCAAUGAGUUUACCCUGCUCAAACUUCGGAAUUUGAGAUUAAUAGAUUUUACAACUCCUUUUGUCAUGGAAGUUUUCCCGUUGAGGUCUGAACUUUCAGGAAGUGUGUUGGUAAAUGAAUGGCACUGUUGUUUCUACUC